UUAAUCACUUUUAGUUUCGUACGAGUUGUAUAAAAAGGGUAAAAUGGCACGCACUAAACAGUUGGAAAGCAGAACACUACCCUGAUAACAGCAGAGUAGUAGCAAGAUGAAGUUGAUUCAUUUGGUCCUGCUUUUUGGCUUCGUUGCCAUUCUAUUUGCUGAAGACAAAGCAACAAUCCAAGAUGAAGUCGCUGACAACGACGACUUUAAAUUAGACCUUCCAACAGAGAAGAAAGCUGUUGAGCAGGAUCUAGAAGAAGAGAAUGUACCCGCUGAGGACAACGAAGAGGAGGAUGAGGAUGAGGAUGGGGAUGAGGAAGAGCCCGCUGAUGAAGAUGAAGACGAGGAAAAUGAGGAAGAAAAAGAUGAAACUGAUGUCGCAGAACCAAGUGAUGUGAAAGAAGAUGAAGAAGAAGUACCGGCUUUAACUGAAAACGGAGUUGCUGAAGCUGAAGACACUUCCACCGCAAAAUUAGAUCCAUUGAGGCGAUAUGUCGUUCGUAGACGAUAUUACCGUCGCCGUCGAUCUGUUCGUAGACGAUAUUACCGUCGACGUCGAUCUGUCCGUAUACGAUUUUACCGUCGCCGUCGAUCUGUACGUAGACGAUUUUACCGUCGCCGUCGAUCUGUACGUAGACGAUAUUACCGUCGCCGUCGAUCUGUCCGUAUACGAUUUUACCGUCGCCGUCGAUUUGUCCGUAGACGGUCUUACCGCCGCCGUCGCCGAAUUGUCUAUCGUAGACGAUAUUUACGAAAAUUUGGUUAAAACCGCCAUUCUUAAAAGAGCAUAUACCAAUGUAGCUAAAUAUCAUGAAUAAUGUAUAACUCUUCAAGACAACUGUUUUUAAUAAAUUUUCCCACGUCCCCGGCAAAAAAAACAUCGGCUUGUAGAGAAUAUAUUUGUAGUAAGAUAA